AUGAGACAUAAUAUUCUCUCUCUCUCUCUCUCUCUCGAUGUUGGUCUCUCGUUGACUUUUUACUCGUUGCAAACAAUUCCGUCUCAAUUCCUUAAUGGUUGUCAGGCAAAGUCGCCCAUCCGAACUUUGGAUGAACUAAAUGUUACUGAGGUGGUUUCAACUCCAUGUUUUCCAUCUAUCAUAGAGAGGGAACAAAGUAGCGACAUGGAAGAAAAUGCUUUCAUCUGCUCCAACAAAUCAGAGACUCAUCUGCUUCAUAGUUCUUUGACUCCCAAUCAAGUUAAGAUAGAAAGCCCCAUUGGUGAAGCUAAUCAAGGAUUUGGCAUGAGAAGAAAGCAUCAUUGCUUUGUGGUGACUGCUCGGGCACGCUCUUUUCUGUACCACCAGGUUAGAUUGCUUGUUGGUGUCCUUAAAUCCGUUGGCACUGGGGAUCUCACGGUUCCUGAUGUUGAGCGCAUCCUGGAAGCAAAGACGGUGACUUCUGCAAGCCCCAUGGCUCCUGCAUGUGGUCUUUACCUUGGACAUGUGAAAUACGAUCUGCCUUAG